CAGAGACUAUCUUUUAUCAGCACAAUGGUGAGCCACCGACUACCCCUGGUUUGUCUUUCCCUGUCUUUACUCCUGUUUCUGGUCUACAGUGAGGAGACAGUUGGGGUCAGGUCAGCAGAACCAGCAGACAGCAGUCAAGAGGAGAAAGAGCUGAUAGAUGCUUUACAGGAGGUACUGGAGAAGCUAAAGAGUAAACGGAUCCUUCCUCUUGACAAGAAACUAGGAUGGGUGCCAUCGUGUGAUGCUGGUGAGCAAUGUGCUGUAAGGAAAGGGGCACGGAUUGGCAAGCUCUGUAACUGCCCAAGAGGAACUGCCUGCAAUUUUUACAUUUUGAAAUGCUUAUGAGACAGAAGACAGCAACAAGAGUGCAGAAACAGAGACAAAGAUUGCUCAAGUGCAGCAUUCCAGUCCAGAGAUCUGUUUCUUAACAUGAUGCCAUUUAUUCCAUCUUUGGUGUCUUUUGUGAUUUUAUUCAUGUAUUGAAAUAUUCGUUACAUUUACAUCCAUUCAGUAUCAAGUGCCACAAUUGAUGUGUCUCCCAAAGGGGAGAAAUGGAAAGUUAGCAUAAUCAUUUUCAAAAUCAUUUGAAAAGCCACACAGCAGCCUAGGUGGGUCAGUAUUUUAUUUAGUAAUUGCAAAAAAAAUAUUUAGCUGUGCGGCUGUAAGGAUAUCCCUAAAAACAUAAACCUGCAACUUGGUGGACCUGCAGUAAAUACCAUAUCCUGUAUACCUGUAUAUUGUCAAAUCUAGUCCUGUGCAUUUGUUGGGAGGGUUGGGGUGUGUUAGUAAAAAAUUUGUGAUAUUUGAAUACUCUUGACGGUCCAAGGUGAAUAAUGAAGUAUAUUGUGCUCCCUGGACAUUUGUAUUUUAGUAUUUUACAAACAUAUGAGGAACAUGAUAUUAAGACUGUGUGCCCAAAUUGAUGUCUUCUUUACCUGUAAGACAGGGGUGCCCAAAAGGUAGAUUGGGAUCUACCAGUAGACCUUAAGAUGGUGAUCAGUAGAUCUCAAGACACUGCCAACAAACGGCUUGUCUAAAUCACCCUCCUGUCUCAUGCUUUUCAUUCAGAUAUUUAUUACUUUAAGGUUACAUAAAUCCUUUGAAUAGAAAAGGAUUUUUCUUCGAUCAAAAGAAGGUUAGAAAAGUGAUGGGGAAGGUCCCCAUAGGCUUACAUUGUACUUCGGUAGGUUUAAACUGCCAAAGCAUGUAGUCAAAGUUUUUUUAAAGAGACAGUACUUCGACUAUCGAAUGGUCGAAUAGUCGAACGAUUUUUAGUUCGAAUCGAAGUCGAAGGUCCAUGGUCGAAGUACCCAAAAAAAUACUUGGAAAUUCUAAGUUUUUUUCAUUCGAAUCCUUCACUCGAGCUUAGUAAAUGUGCCCCCAAACAAUUGUUGGCAACUUAAGAGAAAAUUGCACACUUUUUGUUUAAAAGCAAAAGUCAUCAUAUAGUACAUGAAAAAUAAUAAAUGGCAACCUUAAAAUUAAAACUUUUUUGAGCUCCACAUAGCUCUUCUAUGGUCUGUGUUACAAAUGAGCAGGGCAUGUGUCCUAAUAGCCAUUUCCCAGUAACACAGUAGGAUGAGGGUAGCAAUUUUCAGCUCUGCCAUUACCUAGGGAAAUGUUUUCUGUAGCUCCCUGUCAGGAACAUAUUGCGCUCAUCAUCUCACUGAUACCCAUGUAAGGACUACUAAUCCCUUUAAUUCCUGUUGCUGCAGAAGACCAAAGAAAGUCAAAGUGACAGGUCUUAACUAUUCACUUAAUAUGAUUGAAUCUCUGCCUAAUGAAACAUGACACUGACGUGGAAAUGAAUUAAUAUCAUUAUUCUGGAAUGGAAAAUAACUCUUGAAUGAAUUUUAUUCCACAUCCAUACAAAUGUUUGUAUUAUUUUGUGAGGUGUUUGUACUAAACAAUAAAUUAAAAAUAAAAAUAUGUCAAUUGUAGAGAAAA